CCGAUUGAAGCCCCCCACAACCCCCUCACUUCUAAAACCCAAAGCACCUCUCUCUCUCUCUCUAAAAACCCUCUCUCUCUCUCUCUCCUCUCUCUCUCAAAACCCAUAACUUUGACAUGUAUACUCCAUUGGUGACCGAAAAUUCACCAUCCAAACUACAAGAAAAUCCAGAGGUUCUCCACAAAACCCAUCUCUCUCAAGCCCUCACAGAAUCAAAAUGCAUAGCCAACAUAGCUCUACCGAUGGUACUAACAGGCCUUUUACUAUACUCUCGCUCCAUGAUCUCCAUGCUCUUCCUCGGCCGCCUCGGCGACGACCUCUCCUUAGCCGGUGGCUCUCUCGCUAUCGGCUUCGCUAACAUCACCGGUUACUCCAUCCUCUCCGGCCUUGCCAUGGGCAUGGAACCCAUUUGCGGCCAAGCCUUCGGUGCUCAAAGACACAAACUCCUCGGCCUCACCCUCCAAAGAACUAUUCUUUUGCUUCUCUUGACUUCAAUUCCCAUUUCUUUACUUUGGCUCAACAUGAAGACAAUUCUUCUCUUUUGUGGCCAAGAUGAUGAUAUUGCAACCCAAGCUCAAUCCUACAUUCUUUUUUCUCUCCCUGACCUCUUUUCUCAAUCUCUUCUUCACCCUCUUCGUAUCUAUCUCCGAACACAAUCCAUAACUCUUCCUCUAACAUAUUGCGCAACUUUCGCUAUUCUUCUUCACAUACCCAUCAAUUAUUUCCUCGUUUCGGUCCUCAAAUUAGGAAUUAAAGGUGUCGCGAUAAGCGGUGUUUGGACUAAUUUAAAUCUUGUAACAUCGUUGAUCGUCUACGUUGUAAUCUCCGGCGUAUACAAGAAAACUUGGAGUGGUCUGUCAUCGGAGUGCUUGAAAGAUUGGAAGACUCUCAUUAACUUAGCUGUUCCGAGCUGCAUUUCGGUGUGUCUCGAAUGGUGGUGGUAUGAAAUCAUGAUUUUACUAUGUGGAUUGUUAAUAAAUCCUCGUGCCACGGUAGCUUCCAUGGGGGUUUUGAUUCAAACCACAUCUUUAAUCUACAUUUUACCAUCUUCCUUGAGCUUUGGAGUGUCAACAAGGGUUGGGAAUGAAUUGGGAGCUAACCAGCCCAAGAAAGCGAAACUCGCAGCCAUUGUAGGCCUCUCCACAAGCUUCAUAUUGGGAUUUUCAGCACUGUUUUUUGCUAUUAUGGUGAGGAAUGUUUGGGCAACCAUGUUCACACACGACGCGGACAUUAUUAAGUUAACAUCAAUGGUUUUACCCAUAAUUGGACUUUGUGAGCUCGGAAACUGCCCUCAGACAACCGGGUGUGGAGUGUUGAGAGGGACUGCAAGGCCGAAAAUGGGUGCGAAUAUCAAUCUCGGGUGCUUUUACUUGGUGGGAAUGCCCGUGGCGGUGUGGCUGAGUUUCUAUGCCGGGUUCGACUUCAGAGGACUGUGGCUAGGCCUUUUGGCAGCCCAGGGCUCGUGUGUUGUGACCAUGUUGUUCUUUUUAAGUCGAACAGAUUGGGAAUGUCAAGCUCAGAGAGCCCAAGUGCUUACUGGAACAAACGCUCAUAACAAUGGAUCAGAUCAAGAAAAAACUGAUUCAUUAGAUAAGAUGAAGAUUGAUAAUUCAGAUUCACCAGUUUGAUUUUUAGUGCAUCUUGAUUGAAAUAUAUUUUUUGUAUGUAAAAUAGACUAGAUUGGAAUGUAGGGUCUGUUUUUUUUUUAGAUCAUUGUUUAGAUAUUCACAAAAUAUGCACUUUAAUUUUAAUUUAAUACUCCAAUGAUUAAAUUCUCAAGAGCACUGAAGCUCAAACAAAAUCGUUUUGUUGAGUUCUUAUUGGUUCUUGGUAUGAGUUGAAAAUCAGCAUUAAUUAAAUCA